AUGGUGCUGGCAGAACUCGGGCAGAAGAUCGGGGGGGCGAUCUCCAAAAUGUCGUCGAAGCCCCUUUUGGGCGAGGACGAUGUGAAGGAGUUUUUAAAUGAGGUUGCGAGGGCGUUGCUUCAGGCCGACGUGCACGUCACGACAGUGAAGGAGUUGCAGCAGACGAUACGCGCCGAGGUCGCCAUCACGUCGGAGGCUGUGGGUUUAAAUAAGCGGAAGAUGUUGCAGACCGCCGUGUUCAGCGGGCUCAGGAAGAUCCUCGACCCGGGCGUGAAGCCAUUCAUACCGGCAAAAGGGAAAACCAACAUUGUCAUGUUUGUCGGUCUUCAAGGAUCUGGAAAGACGACAUCGUGCACAAAAUAUGCGGCGUACUUUCAGCGCAAGGGCCUCAAGACGGCGUUGGUGUGCGCCGACACAUUCCGUGCCGGUGCCUACGACCAGCUGCGUCAAAAUGCCACCAAGGCAAAGAUUCGCUUCUACGGCUCAUUGACAGAGGCGGACCCGGUCAUCAUCGCCAAGGAGGGCGUGGCGGAGCUGGAAAAGGAAAAGUAUGACCUUAUCAUCAUUGACACAAGCGGCCGGCACAAACAGGAGUCCGCCCUCUUUGAGGAGAUGAAACAGGUGCAGGAAGCGGUGAAGCCCAAUGAUAUUGUGUUUGUGAUGAGCGCAACAGACGGUCAGGGUAUUCGCGAACAGGCGCGGCAGUUCAAGGAGAAGGUGCCUGUAGGAUCCGUGAUUAUCACAAAACUUGACGGGCAUGCGAAAGGUGGGGGUGCGCUGGCAGCAGUUGCCAUGACAAAGAGCCCCAUCGUUUUUAUUGGUACUGGCGAACACUUUGAAGAUUUUGAGUUAUUUCAGCCUGAGAGCUUCGUGAGCCGCAUGCUGGGAAUGGGUGAUAUGCGGGCAUUGAUGGAUACAAUGAAGGAUGCUAACAUUGACACCGAUAGUGAGCUCUACAGGCGGUUUCAGGAUGGCCAGUUUACGAUGCGGGACAUGUAUGAGCAUCUGCAGAAUGUGCUCAAGAUGGGAUCCGUGAGUAAGAUCAUGAACAUGAUUCCUGGCAUGUCGGCUCUCAGUGGGGCCGCGGGCGAACUUGGCGAUGUGACAUUGAAGGCCUUUAUUCACAUCAUGGACAGCAUGACCGCCGCAGAACUGGACGAUGCACGUGUAAAGAAGACAAUGACCCCCUCCCGCAUUCUCCGCGUUGCACGCGGCAGCGGUCAUUCUAUCCACGAGGUGCACAAUCUCAUCACGAGCUACACGAAGUUUGAGGAAGUGGUGAAGAAGAUGGGAAAAAUGAACUUUAAGGCCAUGUCGCAGGACCCUGGUAGCAUGUUGUCCGGACGUAUGGGGCAGCAACAGAUGACACAGUUGGCAAAAGCACUUAAUCCGACGAUGCUACGGCAAAUGGGUGGACUUGGUGGGCUGCAGGGCAUGAUGAAGCAGCUGCAAAACCUGAAGUAG